GUUGGUACAGUCGGGAAACCUGGACGAGGACGUAUUAAAAACUUAGCGACGUGGAAAUAAUCUCCCGUUGGGUUUGUUGCUUUGUAAAAAAACAAAAACGAACGUGUGUAAAAAACGCGUGUGGUAAAGUUUUAAUAUAAUAUUAAUUUAACGCGCUGACAUGUCUGCGUGUGUCGGGUGCUAAGUUAUGCGCCACCCCGCAGCAUUCCGGCAGUGGACUCGCCCGUCGCCAGGCCUCUGCAGUGGGGAGUUGUUCGGAGGACUCCGCAAGUUUGCUUUUACUUUACGUGAGAAUUGUGUUUGUGUAAAAAAGAGCUAAAGUCGCCAUAUUCCGGAGAAAGUACCUCGGUGUUUACUCUGCGUGUCGACGGACUGUACAAGCAAAGUGUUUGGGCGUGAUACACAACUACACACAGCCGAGGAGGGAAGGAAAGGAGGAGGAAGGCAUCGGUGAGUCGGACAGACCGCGGCGGAGCUUGUGAUGCCGACGUUGCGGGACAGCACCAUGUCCCACCCCGGCGAGAAUUCCCACCAAGUCCGGGUGAAAGCUUAUUACAAAGGGGACAUCAUGAUUACCCAUUUUGAACCAUCCAUCUCAUAUGAGGCUCUGUACGGGGAAGUGAAAGACAUGUGCUCCAUGGACAACGACCAGCUCUUCACCAUGAAGUGGAUUGACGAGGAAGGUGACCCCUGUACAGUGUCGUCUCAGCUGGAGCUGGAAGAAGCGCUGCGUCUCUACGAAGUCAACAAAGACUCGGAGCUCAUUAUCCACGUGUUUCCAUGUAUACCAGAGAAACCUGGAAUGCCCUGUCCAGGAGAAGACAAAUCCAUAUAUCGGCGUGGAGCCCGGCGCUGGAGGAAGCUUUACUAUGCUAGUGGCCAUGCCUUUCAAGCAAAACGCUUCAACAGGCGAGCACAUUGUGCCAUCUGUACAGACAGAAUCUGGGGUCUGGGUAGACAAGGCUACAAAUGCAUCAAUUGCAAACUGCUGGUGCACAAGAAAUGCCAUAAACUGGUGACACUGGAGUGCGGUCGACCGAUAAUCCAGGAACCAAUGAUGCCAGGACCACCAUCGAGUCAGAUGGACCAAACUGAACAGCCAGGCCCUCAGAAUAAAGACUCCAGAGAAAGCUUGACUUACGACGGAGAAGAGAAAGAGGCACGGAGCAGUAGAGACACGGGGAAAUCGCCGUCAAGCCUGGGCCUUGCAGACUUCGAUCUGCUGAGGGUGAUCGGCAGAGGCAGCUACGCCAAGGUGUUGUUGGUGCAGUUGAAGAAGACUGAGCGCAUCUAUGCCAUGAAGGUGGUCAAGAAGGAGCUGGUCAAUGAUGAUGAGGACAUCGACUGGGUCCAAACAGAAAAGCAUGUCUUUGAGCAGGCCUCUAAUCAUCCCUUCUUGGUGGGCCUCCACUCCUGUUUCCAGACAGAAAGCAGACUCUUCUUUGUAAUUGAAUAUGUGAAUGGUGGCGAUCUCAUGUUCCACAUGCAGAGACAAAGGAAACUCCCAGAAGAACAUGCCAGAUUCUACUCAGCAGAGAUUAGUCUCGCUCUCAACUACCUCCACGAGCGGGGAAUCAUCUACAGAGAUCUGAAACUGGACAAUGUGCUUCUGGACUCAGAGGGACACAUCAAACUUACAGACUAUGGCAUGUGCAAGGAGGGCUUGAGACCAGGCGAUACAACAAGCACUUUCUGUGGUACCCCUAAUUACAUCGCCCCUGAAAUACUCAGAGGAGAGGAUUACGGGUUCAGCGUGGACUGGUGGGCGUUGGGUGUGCUCAUGUUUGAGAUGAUGGCGGGUCGGUCACCCUUCGACAUCGUCGGGAGCUCCGACAACCCGGACCAGAACACAGAAGACUACCUCUUCCAAGUAAUAUUGGAAAAACAGAUCAGAAUCCCACGCUCGUUGUCAGUCAAAGCCGCCAGUGUCCUCAAGGGAUUUCUCAACAAGGAUCCCAAGGAGCGUCUAGGCUGUCACCCUCAAACAGGCUUUGCCGACAUCAUGGGACAUCCGUUCUUCCGAAACGUCGAUUGGGACCUUCUGGAGCAGAAGCAGGUGGUCCCUCCAUUCAAGCCCAACAUCUCAGGGGAAUUUGGACUGGACAACUUCGACGCCCAGUUCACCAACGAACCCAUCCAGCUUACGCCUGACGAUGAUGAUGUUGUCAGGAAGAUCGAUCAGUCUGAGUUCGAAGGCUUUGAGUACAUCAACCCACUCCUGAUGUCAGCGGAGGAGUGUGUGUGAGGGACGUGUUGCCUGUGCUCAUACACACCACCCACACACACCCACACAUACACAAACACUCAUGCACAUGUUACGUGGUGUCUCAGUGUCUUCAAGCUGCAUGGUUACAAGACAAAUGGAUGACGUCAACCCUCUGUUUGAGAGCUACACAUGCAUAGUAGAACGCUUAUUUGCCAAAACCAGUCUCUCACUCUGCCAUUUGUAACCACUUGCCCUUAAGUCUACCUUCUUUCUUAAUUAUUUUUAUAUCAUGUAAAUCUGCACUGACAUCAAUUUUCUCAUCGGGGCCUCUUUAUCAGUAGCCAGCGAGGCUACAACGAUCUUCCAAGGUUGCUGUACACCGAGUAAGAGGAACGAGGCACAACCCCCGACAGAUGAACUGAGCUCCUUACAGCUGGUGGGUUGUUUUCAAUGCACAUUUUAUUUGUGUACAUAUAUAAAUAUAUAUGAAACUACUAUUGAGGAUUAACAUUAAGCCACAGUCGGACAAAACUGACACAACUUAAUUGUCAUUUUGGAUUUAGUUUUGUCCCAACACCCCUUGUGUAGAGGAAACAGGAAAGAAUCAUAACAUUAGUAUUUAAAAAGAAAAAA